UCUGUUUGCUACACUCUCCCAGUCUGGGAACUACACUCUUUUCCUUCUUGCUCAGCGUCCGUCGCGCCUUCCGCUCCUUACAACAACAACUACCCAAAAUAUCACCACACACCCCCACACACACAACAAUGCGCGCUGCACUCGCGUUGGCCAUGGCGCUGGCCGCCGCCCCUGCCCUCGCUGCCACUCGAGGGAAGAUGGGUUUCGCCCUGGGCACCAAGAACCCCGACGGCUCGUGCAAAUUCAAGGCCGACUACGAGAAGGACUUCGACGCCAUCAAGGCCGACUCUGGCUCUACGAUCGUCCGGGGCUACUCAGCUUCCGACUGCAACGCCGCGAAGGAGAUGCUUCCAGCAGCCAAAUCCAAGGGCUUUCAAGUCGUGCUCGGAGUCUGGCCUGAUGUGGAGGAGAGCUUCCAGACCGACAAGACGGCACUCACAACCUACGUUCCUCAAUACAAGGAUCAGGUGUACGCCGUGACUGUGGGAUCAGAGGCGCUAUACCGCGGCAACUUCACCGGAGAGGAAUUGUUGGAGAAGAUCAUGGACGUGAAGAAGGCACUCGGCGGAGAUGUCAAGGUUGGAACGGCGGAUAGCUGGAACAAGUUCGCGGACGGGACAGGGGACGCAGUGAUCAAAGGCGGAGUGGACAUCAUCCUUGCGAACGGCUUCUCCUACUGGCAGGGAAAGGCGGCGGGCAAAGACGCGACGUACACAUACUUUGACGACAUGGACCAGGCUCUCGGACACAUCCAGCAAGUCAGCGGUAGCAUCGACAAGAUUGAGUUCUGGAAUGGCGAGACGGGCUGGCCGACGGACGGUGGCUCCGACUACGAGGCCGCGAAAGCUGGCACCGACAAUGCGAAGCAAUUCUACGACGAGGCGUUCUGCGGUCUGCUUGACUGGGGUGUCAAUGCUUUCUGGUUCGAGGCCUUUGACGAGACAUGGAAACCAGAUUCCAUUGGCGACAACGGCGUCGCGAAGAUUGAAACCAAGUGGGGCGCGAUGACAGACCAGCGCGAGCCCAAGUACUCCCUGAAGUGUGGGAGCAGCCUUUAA